CUCACAGUCAACAAAAUACUGAUGGAAUAGAAGAGGAAGGGCUUGAAAAAUCGACAAGAACAUGUCCAUGGCAGCCUAGGGUUUAUCAAUUGGUUUACCCAUAUACCAUCUCUCCACCUCAGCUGUGUUCUGCCAUGGCCUCCGCCGUCACAGGGCUCCUGUUCUUUCUUCUAUGUUUACUCUCCAAUCUUCGCCUUUCUUUCUCUGCUUCUGUAGAGUUGGCAUUCGAGUCAGUUCCUGACCUAGAGAAAUCCAUGUACAUGGUUAUAGAUGGAUAUCCAUGUAUACGAUUACUCAACCUUUCAGGGGAAAUUGGCUGUGCAAAUCCUGGCCUAGAUAAAGUUGUAGCUCCUAUUGUUAGAUUCAAGAAUGGUAUAGAAUUGGUCAAGUCAAGUUCAGUAUUAGUUCCCUUAUCUGAUUUUGACAGUCUACUUUCAAGAGUAUCAAGUGAUUCAAACUUUGCCAGAAAUUUAGCUGGUGUAUUAGUUGAAUCAGGACCUCAAAAUCAAACCAAUUUAACAGCAUCAUCUCCAGAUAAGAAGUUUCCUCAAGCUGAAUUUUCUCCUUACCAGAACAACAAGUUUGAGUGGAAUCCAACUGGAUCUGGUAUUAUGUGGGGACUUUAUGAGUUUCCUGUGUUCUUGCUCUCUGAAAGCAGCACACGAACCCUGCAGGAGAUUUCUCUGGAAAAUGAAAAUAAGGAAACACAUGCUACCAAAGUGACUGAAUUUGAUCUAGUAAUGCAGACAACUAAAGCAGGAACCCAUGAUUCAGAAUCAUGUUUAAGAGAAGGAACUUGUCUCCCUUUGGGUGGAUAUAGUGUCUUGUCAGCAUUUCCAACAACAAAUGUUUCAUCCUCAAAGCCCAUUUUAUUGACUGUGGCAUCUAUGGAUUCUGCUUCAUUUUUUCGUGACAAAAGUUUGGGUGCACAAUCUCCCUUAUCUGGCUUGAUCUCAUUGCUUGCAGCAGUAGAUGCUCUUUCACAUAUUGAUGAUUUAGAUACUCUUGCUAAACAGCUUGUUUUUGUUGUUUUUACUGGAGAGGCUUGGGGAUACCUUGGUAGCAGAAGAUUUCUUCUUGAACUUGAUAAUGGAAUUAACAAUACAUUGAUUGAAACGGUUAUAGAAGUUGGAUCUGUUGGGAAAGGCUAUGAUCAGGGUGUGAAGACCUUCUAUGCUCAUACAACAGGGGUGUCAUCUGCCACAAAUGAUACACUAAAUGCUUUACAACUAGCUCAAGAUUCACUUGGAACUAAAAGCAUUAAAUUCUCUAAAGCAAGUGAAUCUAAUCCCGGGAUUCCUCCAUCUUCCUUCAUGUCAUUUUCAAAACAGAACCCACAUACUUCUGGUGUUGUAUUGGAAGACUUUGAUACAUCUUUCACCAACAAAUUUUACCAUAGUCAUCUAGAUGAUCAAUCAAAUAUAAACUCUUCAGCCAUAGUGGCAGCUGCUUCCCUUGUUGCACGUACACUUUACAUUCUCGCCAACAACAAUAAAACUCUGAAUGACUCAUCCUUAAACACAAUCAAAGUCAACACCUCUUUAGUUGACCAACUUUUAGGCUGCUUACUAAACUGUGAACCUGGUCUUUCAUGUGAGCUUGUGAAGAACUAUAUCACACCAUUUUCCAUCUGCCCAAGUCAUUAUGUUGGUGUUAUGCAAGGAGAACCUUCUUCUCAACCCUUUCUUGGAUACGUGAAUGAUGUUUCAAGAUUCUUGUGGAAUUUUAUGGCUGAUAAAACUUCAACCCCAUUGGAGAAUGCAACUCCUUGCUCUGAGAAUUGUAGUGGGACAGGUGGCGUAUGCAUCAAACAAGAGAUAGAUGGUAAAGGCAUCUGUGUUAUCUCCAAAACCAGGUAUGUUCCGGCUUAUUCAACUCGGUUGAAAUACGAGUCAGCAUUGGGUACAUGGACGAUUUUGCCCCCGAAUUCUUCGGAUCCAAUGGGGGAAGCGGAUCCGGUUUGGGCAGAGAGCAAUUGGAAUGUGAUUGGUCUUCGUGUUUACUCGGUCCAAGGUGGUGGUUAUGAUCGUGCGGUUUUCUGGAGUGGUGUUGCUGUUACAGUUUUUUCCUACUUUUUAAUUAAGAUUAUUAAGGCUUUCAUCGCAAAGGCUCUAAAGCAAGAUUGAUUGGAUUCAUUAAUCAUGUAAGAUAAGAUACCCAAAUCUUGAUUCUUUUUUUUGGGUGAAUUAUUAUUUAAUCUAAAUUGAUGGGUAGAUUUUCCAAGAA